AUGGAUGGGCCAGCAUCAGAAGGUGGAAUGGUAGGAGCGAAACGAAUGAAUGAUCGUAUAACUGAAUUCAUAAUCCUCGAACGAUGCCCAACAUGUCGAUAUUAUGGUGGCAAUACUCUUGAAUUACUGUUUUGGGCACUUCUUGAAAUAUUUACAUAUGCAUUAGCACCGUUAUCAGCACUUAUCGCUUUAGUUCAUGUCGACUUAGAAUGGUUAUUUCCAUAUUUAGCAAUACGUCUAAUGCUUCCAGGAUUCUUAUUUGUUGGACCUAUUUUUUUCACUAUAAAUACUUCUACCUCUACUAUGUAUAGUAUCACCUCAUCUGUGAAACAGUCAACUUUAAAUUCAUUUAAGUUCUCAUAUACUGUUUAUUGGAUUAUUGAUCUCGCCAUUGAUGUUCAACAAGUCUCGGAAGAUCUACUAAAUAUGGAUGUGUGGAAGCGAUGCCUUUGGGCCAGCACUCUAUUAAUUGCUAAUAUUUACGCCCUGUUGCUAACAUCUGUUGUUUUACAACUUAUUUAUUAUCAACAUUAUAUCAUUAUCGAGGAAAAUGUGUGUUUGUUGCGACAUUAA